CGCUAGGGCGGGCGAGUGCGUGACAGCGUCAGUGUGAACGCGUCUCUGAGCACGACCUGCCGGCGCCGCCGUACGCCCCUCCCCGGCGCGGCCUCCUCUCGCCGGCUCCUUCGUCGCCUACUCCUCCGCAGCAUUAGCGGCGAUUAAUUAGCGGAGAAGGGCGCGAAUGCAGCCGCCGCCGCAGCCGCAGGGAGCAAUGGCCACCGGCGCCGCCAUCCUCACCGUCCCGUGCUCCGUGGGCCGCCGCCCGAAGCGGAGCAGCCAGCGCCGCGGCUCCGGCUCAGCCUCCCUCUCCGUCCGUGCGUCCUCCGACGCAAACACGGUGACGCUGCUCGACUACGGCGCGGGGAACGUGCGCAGCGUCCGCAACGCCAUCCGCCACCUCGGCUUCGGCAUCCGCGACGUGCGGAGCCCGGAGGACAUCCUCGCCGCCGACCGCCUCGUUUUCCCUGGCGUCGGCGCCUUCGGCUCUGCCAUGGACGUCCUCAAUAGCACUGGCAUGGCCGACGCGCUCCGCGAGUACGUCCAAAUGGACCGUCCCUUCCUAGGCAUCUGCCUCGGCCUCCAGCUGCUCUUCGACUCCAGCGAGGAGAACGGCCCGGUGAGCGGCCUUGGUGUAAUUCCGGGCGUGGUCAGGCGAUUCGACUCCUCCAAGGGCCUCAUAGUUCCUCACAUUGGCUGGAACGCUCUUGAGAUCACCAAGGACACACAGCUGCUGCAGGGAGCUGACGGCCACCAUGUUUACUUUGUUCACUCCUACCAUGCACUGCCUUCAGAUGCUAACAGAGACUGGAUUUCAUCAAUAUGCAAUUAUGGUGACAGCUUCGUAUCAUCCAUUUCAAUGGGAAACAUUCAGGCAGUUCAAUUUCACCCAGAAAAGAGCGGAGAUACUGGCCUUUCUAUUUUAAAAAAUUUUCUCAGUGCUAACUCUUCAGGGGCAAAGGUCCCAGCACGUAGGAAAGCAUCAAAACUUGCAAAGAGAGUUAUAGCAUGCCUUGAUGUUCGGUCAAAUGAUAAUGGGGAUCUUGUGGUAACAAAAGGUGAUCAGUAUGAUGUAAGAGAUCAUACUAGCAGCAAAGAGGUAAGAAACCUUGGCAAGCCAGUCGAUUUAGCAAGUCAAUACUACAUAGAUGGUGCUGAUGAGGUCAGCUUCUUGAAUAUAACUGGUUUCCGUGACUUUCCAUUGGGUGAUUUGCCUAUGCUAGAGGUACUGCGUUGUGCAUCUGAAAAGGUUUUUGUGCCACUUACAGUUGGUGGAGGUAUACGAGACUUCACAGAUGCAAACGGAAGAUACUAUUCAAGCUUGGAAGUAGCAUCAGAAUAUUUCAGGUCUGGUGCUGACAAAAUUUCAAUCGGAAGUGAUGCUGUUUAUGCUGCCGAAGCCUUUUUACAAACUGGUGUAAAGACGGGGAAAAGCAGCUUGGAGCAGAUUUCUAGAGUAUAUGGCAACCAGGCUGUAGUUGUAAGUAUUGAUCCUCGACGGGUAUAUGUCAAUAGUCCAGAAGAUGUGCCAUUUAAAACUGUGAAAGUGUCCAGUAAAGGUCCAUCAGGAGAAGAAUACGCAUGGUACCAGUGUACAGUGAGUGGUGGACGCGAUAGCCGACCUAUAGGAGCAUAUGAACUAGCAAAAGCUGUGGAAGAAUUGGGUGCCGGAGAAAUACUACUUAACUGCAUUGAUUGUGAUGGCCAGGGCUGUGGAUUUGACAUAGAUUUGGUCAAAAUGGUGUCUGAUGCUGUGACAAUUCCUGUCAUUGCAAGCAGUGGUGCUGGUGCUGUUGAACAUUUUUCUGAAGUCUUUGAGAAAACAAAUGCUUCGGCUGCCCUUGCUGCGGGCAUUUUCCAUCGGAAAGAGGUCCCCAUACUAGCCGUGAAAGAGCAUCUGGUGGAUGCUGGUGUGGAGGUCAGGGUGUAGCAGGAAAAUCCUUGUUAUCGUUGAAAAAUUUCUGUCUGA